CGGCUCCUGUGGCUCUGCUUGGUGUGGACUGUGGAGCUUCGGGGCUCCCGGGCGGACUUCACGCUGGAGAACGAGGUGCACUCGAGUUUCAUCCACCGGAGGCUCCGGAGCCAAGAGCGGCGGGAGAUGCAGCGGGAGAUCUUGUCCAUCCUGGGCUUGCCCCACCGGCCGAGGCCCCAUCUCCACGGCAAGCACAACUCGGCGCCCAUGUUCAUGCUGGACCUCUACAAUGCCAUGUCGGUGGAGGAGGAAGGGGCCGGGGCCGGCGCCGGGGGCGAGGGCUACUCCUACCCUUACAAGCCCAUCUUCAGCACCCAAGGGCCACCCCUGGCCAGCUUGCAGGAUAGCAACUUCCUCACCGAGGCGGAUAUGGUCAUGAGCUUCGUGAACAUGGUGGAACAUGACAAGGAGUUCUUCCACCAGCGCAGCCACCACCGUGAAUUCCGAUUCGACCUCUCCCGCAUCCCUGAGGGCGAAGCUGUGACUGCUGCUGAGUUUCGGAUUUACAAAGACUACAUCAGGGAACGCUUUGAUAAUGAAACGUUCCAGAUCAGUGUGUACCAAGUCCUGCAGGAACACCCAGGAAGAGAGUCGGAUUUGUUCUUACUUGACACUCGGACAAUUUGGGCGGCAGAAGAAGGCUGGCUGGUGUUUGAUAUUACUGCGACUAGUAAUCACUGGGUGGUAAAUCCACAACACAAUCUUGGCUUGCAGCUAUCGGUGGAGAGCAUAGAUGGGCAGAGCAUCAACCCCACAUUAGCCGGUCUUAUUGGCAGGCAUGGCCCACAAAACAAACAACCCUUCACAGUGGCCUUCUUCAAAGCUACUGAAGUUCACCUCCGUAGUAUCCGCUCUGCGGGAGGUAAACAGCGAAACCAGAACCGUUCGAAGACACCAAAGAACCAAGAAGCCUUUCGGGUGUCAAACCUUGGAGAGAACAGCAGCAGUGAUCAGAGGCAAGCUUGUAAGAAACAUGAGCUCUAUGUUAGUUUCAGAGAUCUUGGCUGGCAGGACUGGAUCAUUGCUCCAGAAGGUUAUGCUGCGUAUUACUGCGAAGGAGAAUGUGCUUUCCCACUGAACUCUUAUAUGAAUGCUACAAACCAUGCGAUUGUGCAAACACUGGUUCACUUUAUAAACCCAAAUGUUGUUCCGAAGCCUUGCUGUGCUCCGACGCAGCUAAACGCCAUCUCAGUCCUCUACUUUGACGAUAGCUCCAAUGUCAUUUUGAAGAAAUAUCGAAACAUGGUGGUUCGAGCUUGCGGCUGCCAUUAAACAUCCCCAUUGGGAAAGCAAGACAGGUAGCUUGUAAAAGAUGUGGACAAUAUUUUUGUUCCUGUGCUUGAAGAUACAGAUCGCUACAGAGAAGCGGAAGCACCCUUGAAAUCACACCACGGUUCUUAGGAUCAAUCUUUCCAAAGGGGCCGCUGAGUCAAGAAAGACUUCCAGAUACAAAUGGCAUUGCCAUGUUUGGCUUUUGCUGGCAAAUGAGCAUCAUCCUGCAGACUGUGAAGGUAGAGACCAAGGAGAGACCAGUUUUGCAGAUGGGACCAUACUUCCGUAAGGCGAGGACCAUCUGUCUGAAAGUGCUUUGUUAAGGGGAACAAACUGUUUUAAACAAAUAGUCAUCUCUGUGGUGAGAAACAAAUUUGUAUGUGUCUGUAUGUGUUGUCCACACAGAUGCACAGAUUUAUAAAAGUUACUUUUAGAGAAACUAGUUGUUUGAAUUAAAAUGUGUCAAUGAACCUGCCUGAAUGAAACAGAUUCUGCUGAUAUUACUAGGGAUAUAUGGAUCCUGACAUUUUUUUUUCAUAAAAAAAUCCUGUGUAUUCUUGUCUUCCUCACAACUGCACAUGUUUGGGACACUUCGCUGCCAAAGCAGCUUUGCCGUUAUUUGAAAACAGAUCCCAGUUGCUGAGCACAAUGUGUAUAUUUUUUUGUAAAAUGCACAGGCAGCAGGAGAGAGCCAAGAAUUUCAACAGUACAGAACACACACAUUCUACUUAACUGGGCAGCCGGUUCCCAUCCAAGCAAACCGAACGGCAAUAUAAACUACGUAUGUGGAUAAUAUGACUCAUAGGUUCACGUCUUCCAUACAAUUCUAUGCUGUCCAACUGCUUGGACACUUAGGUCACCACUUUAUGUUUUGGGGCACCCUUUGUUUUCUGGACAAUACAACCUUCCUGCAAAUUGACAGAAAAGAAGAAAAAGAAAAGGCAAACUUGUUUCCUGUCCUCAACACUUAGCUGCUGCAGCAGAGAAGCGGGUCUAAUUCUGAAAAAUAGGAAAAUCAAUCUUACUCUCAACUGUAGUUUUUCUCCUUUCUUUUUUAAAAAUAAAAUUCACUCUGUAAAGAAGAGGAACGUCCAAUCAUAUGAAAUAGUUAAGGUGUUUUACUAUCUGGAAGAACUGUACAGCGGUGCCUCACAAGACGAUUUCAAUUCGUUCUGCAAAAAUCAUCGUCUUGUGAUGU